AGUCCCUGAAACUUCCGAGCAGGCGCCCAAUCGCGCCUCUGCCGCCGCCGCCACCGCCACCUCACCUGCCGGCUUAGGAGCGGGACCAUGGAUGAAAGGUUCAACAAGUGGCUGCUGACGCCGGUGCUCACUCUCCUCUUCGUGGUCAUCAUGUACCAGUACGUGUCCCCUUCCUGCACCAGCUCCUGCACCAACUUCGGGGAGCAGCCCCGUGUCGGGGAGGCCCGCUCGCCAGCCGCUCCGAGUCCUGCUCGACGGGCCCAGGCGCCCCCCGAUGAGUGGGAGCGGCGGCCCCAGCUGCCUCCACCACCCCGGGGACCCCCUGAGGGGCCUCAAGGGGUCGCGUCUCCAGAGGAUGAGGAUGAGGAUCCCGGGGACCCGGGGGAAGAAGAGGAGGAAGAGGAGGAGGAGCCCGAUCCCGAGGCGCCCGAAAACGGCUCCCUGCCCCGGUUCGUGCCGCGCUUCAACUUUACCCUGAAGGACCUGACCCGCUUCGUGGACUUCAACAUCAAAGGGCGCGACGUGAUAGUGUUUCUACACAUCCAGAAGACGGGGGGCACCACGUUCGGCCGGCACCUGGUGAAGAAUAUUCGCCUGGAGCAGCCGUGCAGCUGCAAAGCUGGCCAGAAAAAGUGCACCUGCCACCGGCCGGGAAAGAAGGAGACCUGGCUCUUCUCCCGCUUCUCCACCGGCUGGAGCUGCGGGCUGCACGCCGACUGGACCGAGCUCACCAACUGCGUGCCGGCCAUCAUGGAGAAGAAGGAUUGUCCCCGCAACCAUAGCCACACCAGGAACUUCUACUACAUCACCAUGUUGCGGGACCCUGUGUCGCGUUACCUGAGCGAGUGGAAACACGUCCAGAGAGGGGCCACAUGGAAAACCUCUCUCCAUAUGUGUGACGGAAGGAGCCCCACCCCGGAUGAGCUGCCUACCUGCUACCCAGGGGAUGACUGGUCUGGGGUCAGCUUGCGGGAGUUCAUGGAUUGCAGCUACAAUUUAGCCAACAACCGGCAGGUGCGCAUGCUCGCUGACCUCAGCCUGGUGGGCUGCUACAACUUGACUUUCAUGAACGAGAGCGAGAGAAGUGCCAUCCUGCUGCAGAGCGCAAAGAACAACCUGAAGAACAUGGCCUUCUUCGGGCUCACUGAAUUCCAAAGGAAGACACAGUUUCUCUUUGAGAGGACAUUCAAUCUGAAGUUCAUCUCCCCUUUCACACAGUUCAACAUCACACGGGCUUCCAAUGUGGACAUCAACGAGGGAGCCCGUCAGCAUAUCGAGGAGUUGAACUUCCUGGACAUGCAGCUCUAUGAAUAUGCAAAAGAUCUCUUCCAGCAACGCUACCAUCACACCAAACAGCUAGAACACCAGAGGGACCGCCAAAAGCGGCGUGAGGAGCGCAGGCUGCAGCGAGAACACGGAGCGCAUCGGUGGUCCAAAGAGGAUGGGGCCACAGAGGGGACGGUCACUGAGGACUACAACAGCCAGGUGGUUAGAUGGUGACCCUCUGCCUGCUCCUUUUUCAUGACGGGGAGACAAGCAGGCACCUUGUCCUUCUGUUAGAUUCCAUUGAAGAAACCGGGUCAUGCUGAGGACCCCUGGCUAUGUGUGACUUAAUUCGGAUGUCUGCUUCCUCUUCUUCUUCUUCAAUCCAACUGGAAACUUGCCAUCUUGUUUAUUAUUUUUUCUUUUUCUAGACUUUUUCUGAUCACUGAUAUAUUUGGGGUGGAAAUGUAUCCAAAAGGCCACUUUAAGUUGUCAGAAGCGAGGGAGGCCUCAGAAAUGAGACAGUGUGUAGGAUCUUUGUCAGUCACAUGGGUCAUUUGGGAAUCUGGAACCCACAGUAGUACACAGAAAACCAAAGCCAUGGCUUGGAUUCUCUUCCGAAUGCAUCAUGACGCACCCAAUAGAACAUUGCUCUGUUUAGAGAUAGAAAGACGCUCUCCCCUUAAAUGACCCUUCUCAUUCAGUUUUGAAUUUGGGAGCUGUUAAGACAAGGGUUAAAUCAUGAAUGAUGUGGUUUGUCUCUGCAGACGUUUUUAAACAAAAUUACUAUAUUACUGACCACAGCUAGGGACUCCUAGCCUACAAACUCCAACAUCAGAGCCCUAAACCCUCGGUCUACUCUGUCUUUUAGGGGAUAGGGAAAGAACAGAAUGUUGGCUUGGUUAUGGCCCUGAGAAAUAAACACUGGUAGGACAUUUUGGGGAGGGGGGCACACUUAUUUAUUAAUGACUACGGAGAUUGCACUUUACUGGUGUUAAUCCCUCAGGCAAAGAAUGAACAAAAAAUUAAGAGAGUGUGGGCAAAGAAACCAGGAGAAAACCUCCAUUAAACUGGCUGUAGAGCCUUAGCUGUUACGUUGAAAGAACAUCAGAUUCGUGCCUUUGGGGAGCAGGCACCUUCUCCGUCAGGUUCAAAUUCUGCUGUUACAAAGGAAAGAUGUUUUCAAAACCCUUGACUUAAACAACAGGAGCUGAACCAACGAGGACAUACACUCCAUUCCAGGUCAAUGCGUGAGAGGCGCCAGGAGACACAGCGUGGUGUCCAUGAGACAGUUAGACCAGGAGUUCAGAGGGAUCCUGCCCCUGACAUUUCCAGUGUCUUUAAACCACUCCCUUCCCAUGUGAUCCUUGCCUGUUCUGUGACUACAACCAGAGAACCAAACUACAGUGCACAAACUGGACCAAAAAAUAAGCUGCCUUUCCCUAGGUUCCUCGGUUUGGCCCUUCCCAAGCCCCAACAACAGUCUCUUCUGUGGGAAGGGAUGGGAAGGAGGGAGUAGAAAGCUCUGCCUCCCUCCAGUACAGUGGAAGGUCAGAGUGGGUGGAGAGUUUUACAAGGAGCUGUUAAGAUCAGUCCUUUAAAGCAGCUGAAGGCCAAAAGCUCUAGACCCAGGAAUCAGGCUGCAAAGCCUCUUUCACUGAUGCCCUGCAUGCUUGAUGUUUAAGCCAGAUUUACGUCAGUCACUUCUCAGCCUUAGAAAGUCCUUUCUUGGACUGAAAGGCCACCCUCUCCCAGUGUUUGUGGGUUGUCUGCUGCAAGGGAGCCUAGCGUCUUUUGUAGAUUCCCAUAGAGAAGUGGCUUUGAGGUUUCUCUCGCUGCGGUUGGCAUCAUUGGAUGGCCUUCCUGUAACAUGCGUGUUCUAAGGAAAUCCCCACGCUGUGCUUACUAGUGAGCUGAGAGGUGGCUGACUUCUUCAGCAGCCAUUGAUGUUGAGUUACACACAAUAGUAAAUUUAAAGUGAACAAUUAGCGCUGGCUUUUUAGUUGGGAGAGAUGAGGUAGAGCUGUGUCUCCUUAGGAUGAUUUGCUCCAGAGGAGGCAGGAAAAAGGGGAAGGGCAGGAAUGGAUGAGAAUAUAUCAUUUGUUAAGAUUUCCUGUCCUGCCAGGAAUGGAAACCUGAAAACUGUGCCUCUGCCGUCAGCUGUGGCGCACGUAUAUAUUUGUGAAACACACACCUCGGGACAUUUUCAAAAAUCGGAAACCAUUUGAAAAACUAGAAAGCAGUAGAUUUAUUCUUUAAACUCACUUUACAUUUUUGUUAAGGAAUCUUCGGAGGCAGGCUCUGCUCCCUCCAUAUUGUUCCUCCGGAACUUUAGAGUUCAUAUCAAAAGGCUUUCUGCCACCUCACUGCUGAGUGUAGCCCGCAUGGCCCUCCCCUCCCUGGAGAGCAGACAACAGGAUGAUGUGAGGAGGAGAAACCACCUCUGUGUUGGCCCCAGGCCAGUGCUAAGUAAACCGGAGAGACUAGCAUGGCCUUCCUUGCUCGGUUAGCUCCCUUAGGAAGCACUGCAGUUGUCCAUGUCCCCAGGACACGGAGAAAUGGGGUGGAGCUGAUUCUCUGAAAACUGGCUGCACAGCUCCACACUGGCUGACGCUGCAGGAAGAGAUGACAGAGGCAGGCACAGGAAGCUAGGGACACCUGGCAGCUCGUCAGCCACAUCAACUCCAACUCCAUAGAGGAAAAACAACCCCUAGGUAAUUCCACUUCUUGUGGGCUCCUCCAAUUCCCAGGCAGGUUCUUCUCCCUUCUCUUGUCAGUAGCAGCACAAGCCAGUGAAAUGGAACAUAUAUGAUGCUUGUGUCUGUGUGUGUGUCACUAUGUGUGUAUGUGUAUGUGUUUGUGUGUCUCUGU